AGGUAGCGCCGAGUGCGUUGAAUCACGAUGGCGAAGUGCUCUACUGCCUCCAUCUACCAGAGAGCAGAAGCAGGGCAGGGCAUCACGCACGAAGCCAAGCAGCACAAUGCUGCAGGCGCCAUCACUGCCCAUCACCAAACCACACAGCUUCCCAUCUUACUGUCCCUAUACUGAAUUCACACGCACACAAAGCACAACUCUCUCCCCCAUGACAAGAAAAAUCACAAAAACAAAAACGCAACGACAGCAGAAGCAGCAGCAGAAGCAGCAGCACACACGCCCAACCCGGCUCGUCCCGUACCCCGGGCAAGCCGUCGCAACCGACUUCAGCACAUGGGGGCCGGAAUCGCGUGAUCGGCUUCGCAGCCGGCCGGGCGGACGGAGGACGACGGCCAAACGCGGGCAUCGGACGCGGCGCUGCGCGAUCUGGCCUGCGUAGCAGCCGAGGAGAUCACCGGUGCGCUGCGCGGUGCGGCGCGGGGAGAGGUGAGGGGUUAGGGAUGGAUGG